AUGGUCGAGUACACGUUUGAGACUUUAAAUGUAACACGUCUAGAUGACUAUCUUUUACAUGUUGAAUUGAACAGGCCAAAAAAGCUUAAUGCAUUAAAUGAAACAGUAUGGCAAGAACUGAAAGCUUGCUUUACACAAGUUAAACAUGAUUCUGAAGUACGAGCUGUUGUAAUUUCGGGAGCAGGAAAAAUUUUUACUGCUGGAAUAGAUCUCUUUGAGAUACCAUUGGUUGGCUUAAACACAUCAGAAACUGAUCCAGCUCGAAGCUCUCAUAUGACGCGUCUAAAUAUUUUGAGAUUACAAGAUUCCUUUAACUCAAUCGAACAAUGUGACAAACCUGUGAUUGCUAUAGUGCACAGUCAUUGUGUUGGCGGUGGGGUUGAUAUGAUAACCGCCUGUGAUAUUCGAUAUUGCAGUAAAGACGCGACUUUUUCUGUUAAAGAAGUUGAUCUUGGGCUAGCCGCUGAUGUUGGCACAUUACAACGUUUACCCAAGGUGAUAGGAAAUGACAGUUUUGUAAGAGAAGUGUGUCUUACUGGGCGAAAUUUCUCGUCGGAGGAGGCAUUGACUUUCGGAUUGGUAAACAAGAUAUUACCGACGAAAGAAGACGCUUUUGCUGAAGGUUUAAAAACCGCCAAAAUUAUUGCUUCAAAAUCUCCUGUUGCCGUUCUUGGAACAAAACACCUACUGAAUUACUCGCGCGAACAUUCGACCUCAGAAGGACUCAACUACACGGCUGUUUGGAAUUCAGCUAUGCUAAAUACAAAGGAUAUUGGUGAAGCUACUAAAGGAUUUUUUGAAAAAAAGCAACCAAAGUUUUCCAAACUUUAA